AAUACCUCUUCACGCUUAUGCAUAUUCAUUCCAACAAUAACUAGUGUGUCGAAGAGUAGUGUCAGAGAGAGUUGAUAUUCAAAAUGUUACUAGGGGACAAAAGGGUUGCUUUGGUGUUAUUGCUUUGUGCUCAUGUAUUUGUGGCCGGUGUGGUUGCAAGGAGCGUGAAAAAUGAUGAGGAAGAAAAGAAUGUAGGGUUUGGGAAGGGAGGUGGGUUCGGUGGUGGAUUUGGUGGGGGAGCCGGUGGUGGUGGUGGAUUCGGAGGUGGAGGCGGAGGUGGUUUUGGAGGAGGUGCAGGUGGUGGAGCAGGGUUUGGUGGUGGUGCUGGUGGAGGCCAUGGAGUAGGAGGGGGUGUUGGUGGUGGAGGAGGUGCAGGUGGUGGAGGAGGGCUUGGUGGUGGGAUAGGUAAAGGUGGUGGACUUGGUGGUGGUGGUGGUUUUGGAAAAGGAGGAGGACUUGGAGGUGGUGCUGGUGGAGGGAUAGGUAAAGGUGGAGGACUUGGAGGAGGUCAUGGUGGUGGGCUAGGUGGUGGUGGUGGCUAUGGAAAGGGUGGCGGCGUUGGUGGUGGAAUUGGCAAGGGUGGUGGCCUUGGAGGAGGUGCGGGUGGUGGCUUUGGAAAGGGUGGUGGUGGUGGAAUUGGCAAAGGUGGGGGUCUAGGAGGUGGUCAUGGUGGUGGUGUUGGGGGUGGAAUUGGUAAAGGUGGAGGUGGAGGUUUUGGUGGUGGUGUUGGAGGUGGUCACGGCGGCGGCAUUGGUGGUGGGAUUGGUAAAGGUGGAGGCUUAGGUGGUGGUCAUGGUGGAGGCCUUGGCGGUGGUGGUGGAAUUGGUGGCGGUCAUGGUGGCGGCGUUGGUGGUGGAAUUGGUAAAGGUGGAGGCCUUGGUGGUGGUGGUGGAAUUGGUGGCGGUCAUGGUGGCGGCAUUGGUGGUGGAAUUGGUAAAGGUGGAGGCCUUGGUGGCGGUCAGGGUGGCGGCAUUGGAGGAGGAAUUGGCAAAGGUGGAGGUUUGGGUGGUGGAGUGGGAGGUGGUCAUGGUGGUGGUAUUGGUGGGGGCUACGGGAAAGGUGGUGGCAUUGGAGGAGGAAUUGGCAAAGGUGGAGGUUUUGGUGGUGGUGUAGGAGGAGGCGGCGGUACCGGUGGUGGCUUUGGAGGAGGUUCAGGUGGUGGCUUUGGAGGAGGCUCAGGUGGUGGAUUUGGUGGAGGAGCAGGAGGCGGGUUUGGUGGAGGUGCUGGUGGUGGCGGUGGAUUUGGUGGUGGAGGAGGCGGAGGCGGUGGAAUUGGACACCAUUGAGCUUCCCCAACGUUGCAUGCAUGAAACCCAUGAUUAUAGCCUCAUACCAUUUCAUUGCACUUGAUUUAGCUCUGGUUUUGUGAAAAAUAUGUACGAGUACUAUAAGAAGAGAUAUAUUAAUCUUGAAUAAUGUUCGUCAUAAUAUUAAUGUAAUUUGUUUUCUCUUUACAUUGAAUGAAAGAAAUUGAGAUAUUAUUCUACUA